GGCAGGGAGGGGGCGGGGCUCGCAGGGCGGGGCCGGGCUGUGGCGGCGGCGCGGGCCGUGUGAGGGGCAGGCUCCCACGAUGUUUGCCCAGUGCUCCCGGAAUUCUGUGAGCCCCCUGGUGCUGCUGGUGCUGCUGGGCUGCCUCCUGUGCCCCCCAGCACAGGCCAGCAAGAGCUCCGAGGACAUUCGCUGCAAGUGCAUCUGCCCCCCAUACCGGAACAUCAGCGGGCACAUCUACAACAAAAAUGUGUCCCAGAAGGACUGCAACUGCCUGCACGUGGUGGAGCCCAUGCCAGUGCCUGGGAAUGACGUGGAGGCCUACUGCCUGCUGUGUGAGUGCAAGUACGAGGAGCGCAGCACCACCACCAUCAAGGUGAUCAUCAUCAUCUACCUAUCGGUGGUGGGGGCCCUGCUGCUGUACAUGGCGUUCCUGGUGCUCGUGGACCCCCUGAUCCGCAAGCCCGACCCCUACACCCAACCCCUGCACAACGAGGAGGAGAGCGAGGACACUCGCUCCUUGGCCGCAGUGCCCGCCCCGGCUGGAGCCCGAGCCAACACAGUGCUGGAGCGCGUGGAAGGGGCCCAGCAGCGCUGGAAGAGGCAGGUGCAGGAGCAGAGGAAGACGGUGUUUGACCGGCACAAGAUGCUGAGUUAGAUCCCUGUGGGCCCUCGGCAUCACUUCCCAGGACACAGGGCAGCUUCUGGUGCAGCUGGACAGUGAUGGCCCUCGGGACACCGCGCUGUUGGACUGAAAGCUCGAACCCUUCCCUGAUUUACCAUCUCCAUCAGCCCCAAAUGCCUCCUCUGGUUCUGCCCCCCCGCCCUUCCCCUCUCAGAGCCCAGAGGCUCCCUCCUCUGCUUGGCUGAUCCUGGGGCUGCAUGUGGAAGCCCCAGACUCCUGGGGCUCCAUCAACCCACCCCACAUCAGACAGGGAUCUCAGUACGAGCGCUGGGAGCUGGCUGAGUCUUCCUCGGAUAAAAAUAGUGGGAUAAUUUUGAUGUAGGAUAAAUUAUGUGAUGCUCCUCCAGGAUGAAACAGCCACCUCCUCCUCUUCCUCCAGCAUGCACUGAUGUUAACUGGGCAUUGUGGUGCACGUGUGCAGCACUGGGAGGAAGAGGAGGAGGUUCCUGCCAGCUGCUGCUUCCAUUUAUCCUGGUGCAAAUGGAGAGAUUUCCAUACCCCAGUGAAGUCUGUUCAGGUUUACACCGGCACAGCUGAGGCAACAGCUUGUUUGUGUGCCAAUGAAUAUCACAAACCAAUUGGUUCCUGCACCAGUAAGAGUCCAGCAGGUAAAAACGGCUGAUUUACAUUUGUGUCUUUUCAUUCUUUAGCAGUGGGUAAAAACCUCCUGGGGAGAAACCUUUCCAUUUGUACCCAUGCUGGUGACCCUUGGUGCUCUCCCAGUGAGGGCAGAGCAUUUAUGUCCAAGAGAACCAGGGCAAAGGCUCUACUGGAGCACUGGAAACACUUGUCUGGGCCUUGGGGCCCUGGGGAGGGGACACCUGUGCUACUCAAAGCACUCUGAGAGCUCUGGCCAGACUUGGGCUGUGUGGAGGAAACCAGAGUGAUUCUGUGAUGUGCACGCUGAGAGCAUUUGGAACAUCAGGAGGUGCUGGAGGUCAUCGUGUAGCAUCUCUGUAUUAAAUGCAGACAAAGAUCCACUACCUGGGUGGCUUUUUUUCAGGGAAAAAGUCCCCUCAUGCCAGGCCUGGGGCUCUCCAGUGCCCAGCAGGUGAGUUGAUGCCACUCAAGCCAGAGCUGUGGUUAUGGCACUCAGGUGUUUGGGCACUGCAGGUGUGUCCCUGGGUUGGAAAAGACCCUCUGAUAUCAUCCAGUCCAGUCUGUGACCAUGAUUAUGACCCUGCCAGACAACCCAACCAGAAGCUUCUGGGGGCCUGUGUGUUCCCCAGUUCCCCUCCAGCACCUCACUGGGCUGAAAAGGACUCUGAGCUCCACGUUAUACUGAGGUCACAUUUUCCUUGAGCUGUCCUUGUUCCCUGGAGCUCAGUUCUAGACCUUUCUCCCCCUUGUAGAAAUCCCAUCUGUCCUUCCCUCCAGGUGGGAAUCCCUCAUGGUCACAGGGUGUGGUCCCUGGGAACUGAUUUCUUCCCUCCCUCGAGGGGGGAACAAGGAGCUGGUGAGAGGCUGAGCCGGCCCGAUGGGUCCAUCUGGUGGCCACCGCCCACCCCGAUCAGCAGAUCAGCACCACCAGUCAGGGGGUUGGUAAGCAGCAGCCCCAGACCUUCCCUUGACCCCUCCCAGGAGCAGCUCGGAAAUGGGAUAGGAGGGGAGGAAAAGAAUGCAGUUUGGGUGAGUUAGAAAACUUAAGGAAGGGACGACGUGGAGAGGCUGCAAAAAAUGCCAAAUGCCUGAUUAGUUACUUGAUUUGUUAAUUAAUUGAUCAGCUUCGUCCUGUACAUCAUCCUCCAUGGGAGGAAAUGUUUUCUGCUGUCCAGCCUCUUCCCCUCCCUGUACCCCCUCCACUUCUCACUGGGGCAUCCCCCAGGUGGGCACACCCUGGCGGGCCCUGCUCCUGGCCCCAUCCACAUCCCACAGCAGUGGUUCCCAUCCCUUGGCAAAUGCCAGCAGGAGUCAAUAAUUUAAUUCCUUAUAAAAAAAAGGAAAUGAGAAAAAUAAAGGACCUCUUUGAACAAAA